AUGACAAAAAGCUUUACACAAGGACUUAUACUUUUUUUUUUUUUUUUUUUUUUUUUUGGACUUAUUCUAAAAAAUAAAAAUAAAAAAAAAAAAAAAAAGAAAAAUAAUAAUAAUAAUAAUAAUAAUAAUAAUAAUAAUAAUAAUAAUAAUAAUAAUAAUAAUAAUAGUAAUAAUAAUAAUAAUAAUAAUAAUAGUAAUAAUAAUAAUAAUAAUAAUAAUAAUAAAAAUUAA